AUGAUUCCUCCCUUGAGACUUCUCCGCGAUACCCCCAUUCCCGGUAUCAACGAGUUCGUUGAAAAUGCAAUUGCGAAUAUCAGAUGCGUGGAAGAUAUCACUCCGGAACUCAUUGCCUCCAUUCGACGCGAAAUCAGACGCAACCUUGCCAUCCCAGCUUUUCCGGUCACUAUGAAUAAGUUUCUGGAAUGGCAAGCCAAGCAGCCUCCAGGAAGUCUGCAGGGAUUCGACUACGACGCACGUCAGGGACGUCUUCUACUACGACCACAGGAGCCUGAUCCAGCUUGUGGAGCAUUGAAGGGUAUUCUGACCUGGUUUCACACCGCUAUAGACCGUCUGGGUGAUGAUAACUCCAGGAGCUGGUCCAUUGUGCAAGGCGAACCAUACAUGCUCACCAACAACAUCGACAUGAUAAAGAGGCCACAAACCGCGCUUAUCAAUGCUAAUCAACGAUGGCCGUUGAUGGUAGUACACGUUGAAAACAACGAGACAGAGGAGGAAGUUUUGGAUAAUGCCAAACAAUGGCUAUAUGGUACCAAUGGAGAGGUGCAACUUGUGAUUGUCAUCACGAUUCACGAACAAGAUGCGCCACCUUACGAUGGUUCUUGGCUUCAUGGUUUUGAGAAGAAAUUAGUCGGGGUAGCCCAUGACCACGAUGGACUAGUAAUAGCGUCUUUUUCCGAUGGAUAUCAGGAGACAGGCAAUUUACUAGUUGGCUGCGAUGGCUCGCGGUCCAUAGUGCGCAACUUUCUCGUGGGAGAAGACUUUGGGAAGCCGACUGAUAUUGACUUGGGCAUGAUGAAUCAUGCCGCUUGUGGAUAUACUGCCGAGCAGGCUGUUUUGUUACGCAAAUAUCAUCCCAUUGGAAAGAUUGCGUAUCAUCCGGAUUAUCAUGGCAAUUUUCUGCUAACCGCCCUCGACUGCUCCAACCAGGAGAAGCCCGAGGAAUGGAAGUUUCAAAUCCAGCACUGCUGGUGGGGACCUCCUUAUCUCGAUGACCUCAAAGACCCAAAGACAAGACUGGAAUUUUACAAGGCGCGAUGUUUCAAAAUGUGCGAACCGUUUCGCACGGCUGGUGUUGCGUUACCUGAGGAUGAAAUCCUCCCUCUUGAUCAGUCGCAGCAGUGGGCACCUAUUCAAUGGAACAAUCAUCAUGGUACAGUGACAUUGGCAGGAGAUGCUGCUCACUCAAUGUUGCCUCAUCGUGGCCAGGGCUUGAAUAAUGCCAUGCGGGAUGUAGCAGAGCUUUUUUGUGCAAUCAAGAAAACAAUCCUUGGCCAAGUCACGCUUGAAACCGGUGUCACUUCUUAUGAAACCGCUAUGCGCCCGAGGGGCGUUCGAGACGUUGAGCUUUCGCUUGAGACUGCAAAGAAAAUGCGUUUAUCAGAUUUGAUGGAGAGUCCUUUCGUGAAAAUGGGAUUUGCUAAGCAGGAAACUUGGAAGGACAAUCGUGAUGAGAGUUGA